CUGUGUGUAAUUCUCUCAGCAUCUCCCCUCGUCUCUGUCUCUGUCUGUCUUUCUUUAUCUCUGUCUCAGCCUCCCAUCCCUGCCGCCUCUUUCCACCGUCUCCCUGUCCCCAUCCUUUCUAAUCUGUCCUCUAGAGCUCCAGAGCAGUCAGUGCUCUGCAGGCUGCCCACCCUCGCUGCCAAGCUCCAGGCUCGCGCCUGCUGCCCUCUGGGUGCCUGGCGUGUGGCUGUCUCCAAAGCCGCUGGCUGAGUGUGCGUUCUUCUCUGAGCUCUCACGCCCUGGGAUCCUGGAGGCCCUGAGCUGAGCUGAGGAACGAACAAAAUGCCCGGCUUGCUCAACCGCGCCACGGGGGCAGCCCUGCCUCUCACGGCCUCCGACGUCACCUCCUACGUCAGUGGCUAUGCCCUGGGCCUGACGGCCUCCCUCACCUAUGGCAACCUGGAGGCUCAGCCCUUCCAAGGUCUCUUUGUGUACCCGAUGGACGAGUACACCACAGUGGUUGGUUUUGAGGCGGUCAUUGCCGAUCGUGUUGUGACCAUACAGAUCAAAGACAAAGCCAAGCUGGACAGAAGCCAUUUGGAUAUCCGAUCUGCCACUGUCACGGGGAACAUUCCACAAGAGGGGGUUCCCAUCGCCCCUCAUUCCUGCGCACCGGGAAAGGUGGCCUUGGAUGAGGAUCUGGAGCGGAUUCUGUUCGUGGUCAACCUGGGGACCAUUGCUCCCAUGGAGAAUGUCACCGUCUUCAUCAGCACCUCCUCGGAGCUCCCCACGCUGCCCAGUGGGGCUGUGAGCGUCAUGCUACCGGCUAUCUGUGCCCCGACCGUGCCUCAGUUCUGCCCCCACAGACCUGACUCCUCCAGCCAACAGACUCAAGGCAAAGACCCACACUGCUUCGGCAUCCAGACCAUGGACUCCUUGAAUGGGCUGUGUCUGGCCACUCUCCUGGAUACAGAGGUGACCAACCCAAUGGAAUAUGAAUUCAACUUUCAACUGGAGAUCCGUGGGCCAUGUCUGCUCGCAGGGGUGGAGAGUCCCACGCAUGAAAUCCGUGCAGAUGCUGCCCCAUCUGCACAUUCAGCCAAGAGCAUCAUCAUCACCUUGGCCAGCAAACACACCUUUGACCGGCCCGUGGAGAUCCUUCUCCACCCCAGUGAGCCCCACAUGCCACAUGUCCUGGUGGAGAAAGGGGACAUGACCCUGGGGGAGUUCGACCAGCACUUGAAAGGCAAAGCAGACUUCAUUAGGGGGACCAAGAAGGACAGCAGCGCCGAGCGGAAGACAGAAGUCAUCCGGAAGCGUCUCCACAAAGACAUCCCCCACCACUCAGUCAUCAUGCUCAACUUCUGUCCUGACCUCCAGUCUGUGCAGCCCAACCUGAGGAAGACCCAUGGGGAGUUCCUCUUCCUUGUCGACAGGAGCAGCAGCGUGAGCAGGACCAGCAUCCAGUGUGUCAAGGAGGCCAUGUUGGUGGCCCUUAAGAGCCUCAGGCCAGCCUGUCUCUUCAAUAUCAUUGGUUUUGGAUCCACCUUUAAGACAGUUUUUACUUCCAGUCAGAUCUACAAUGAGGAGAACUUGGCCAUGGCAUGUAACUGCAUCCAGAGAAUACGGGCUGACAUGGGCAGCACCAACAUCCUCUCCCCUCUCAAGUGGAUCUUCCGGCAGCCAGUGCACCAGGGUCACCCAAGGCUCCUCUUCCUGUUCACGGAUGGGGCUGUGAGCAACACAGGGAAGGUUCUGGAGCUGGUGCGGAAUCACGCCUCUUCUACCAGGUGCUAUAGUUUUGGAAUUGGACCCAGUGUCUGCUACAGGCUGGUGAAAGGGCUGGCGUCUGUAUCCAAGGGCAGUGCAGAGUUCCUGACAGAGGGGGAGCGGCUGCAACCAAAGAUGAUCAAAUCCUUGAAGAAGGCUAUGGCCCCAAUGCUGAGUGACGUGACUGUGGAGUGGAUCUUCCCUGAGACCACAGAGGUCCUGAUCUCACCUGUCAGCACCAGCUCCCUUUUCCCUGGGGACCGGCUGAUGGGAUAUGGCAUUGUGUGCGAUGCCUCCUUGUACAUUUCCAAUUCCAGAUAUGACAAAAGGCGAAAGUACGGCAUGCUGCAUGCUCAGGAGUCCAGCAGCUCUGUUUUCUACCACUCUCAGGAUGAGGCACCUGACUCAGGCAGUGGGACCUGUACCAAAAUCUUCAACUCGGAGCCGACCCAAGAUGCCCAUCCAUGCAACCGAGACUCCCCCACCCAUCAUGGUCUGGAUGUCUUCAGGCGACGGAGGGCAUACAGUACCAACCAGAUCUCCAGCCAGAAGGCCUGCCCAAGGGCCACCACAGCCAGCGACCCCACUGGGACUGCCAAGAGACACCCACUUCGAAAAGCCAAGGUGCAGGACCUUGCCAGUCAGAGCAGCUCAGGGAGCCAACGGUGGCAGAUUGAUCUGCAGCCCUUACUCAACAGUGGCCAUGACCUGAGCCAGGGCCCCAGACUGCACGGCCCGGGAGCCCGCCGGCCGUCCCUUCUGCCUCAAGGCUGCCAACCCUCGCUGCUCUCUGGCCAGGAACCCCAGGCUUGGAGCCCUAAGAGGGAGCUGGAUCCUGGCUCCAGCCCAAAGUCUGCACCUGACAGCCGAAGCUCUGAGGACCUGGAGCUACUUCAUCACCCGUCCACCUUGGAGACGGAGACAUCCUCAGACUGGGAGCCCAUGGCUGAAUUGGAGGAGCAAGUCAGCCCCUGCAGGCCCGCCACCCCCGGCCCUGUGCUGGGCAAGGCCUUGGUCAAAGGCCUGUGCGACAACCAGCGUCUGCAGUGGGAGGUGAGCUUUGAGCUGGAACCGCCAGCCCUGCAGAGGAGGGACGCGCAGGAUGCCGACAUGUGGAGCGAGACCUUCCAUCACCUGGCAGCGCGAGCCAUCAUCCGCGACUUCGAGCAGCUGGCGGAGCGUGAGGACGAGAUUGAGCUGGGGUCCAAUCGCCGAUACCAGGUGAACGCUGUGCACACCAGCAAGGCUUGCAAUGUGAUCAGCAAGUACACAGCCUUCGUGCCUGUGGACAUAAACAAGAGGCGGUACCUGCCCACGGUGGUGAAGUACCCCAACUCUGGUGCCAUGCAGCAGAUGGUCAGCUUCCGGAACCUGACCCGACAGUGGAAGAGUUCAUCGGCUGGUGUUGGGAGGUCCCAGACCGUGCUCAGAGAACACGCCUCAGCUGCAGGAGACAGCAAAUUCCAGACCCUAGCCCUAGAAGAAAGCCCUGCUUCGACCUUCAAUAAACCCCUGUCCCCCGGCCAGGAGAAGCAAACCGCUGAGGAAGGUCCCCCUCACAACACAUCCACCAGUGCCCCAUCCUCCAUGAAGACCUCCGAGACUCUCUUUGUAUCCAAGUUGAAUCUCAGCAAGCCGAGGCUGCUAACCCGAGCUGCCAAAGGCUUUCUCAGCAAAUCACUGUCCAAGGCUCCAGAGCCAACUCGGGGCACCCAGAGCUUCGACUACAUACCACUGGUGUCUCUGCAGCUGGCCUCAGGAGCCUUUCUGCUCAACCAAGCCUUCUGCGAGGCCAUCCAGAUCCACAUGGAGAAACUCAAAUGGACCUCACCCUUCAUCUGCCUCCGAAUGUCCCUCGUCAACCACCGGCAUGAUUCGAAGAACCAGAGUCCACAGCACUGCCCUGUUCUGUCAUCUCCGUCCCCACCCUGUGAGGACACCUCCCUGGAGUCCCAAGCUGAAGGCAGCUCAGGCCUGGACUCAAGUGCACUGUUGGAGUUCACAGGAAAGCUGUGGGCCACCGUGGUGGCCCUCGCAUGGCUAGAACACAACUCAGCUUCCUACUUCAUUGAGUGGGAGCUGGUAGCUGCUAAGGCCAGCUCAUGGCUGGAGCAGCAGAAGGUACCCGAAGGGCGCACACUGGGCGCACUCAAGGCCACCGCUCGCCAGCUGUUCGUGCUCCUGAGACACUGGGAUGAGAACCUGGAAUUCAAUAUGCUCUGUUACAACCCCAAUUACGUGUAGGGGAGGGGGAGAGGGAUGGGCCAUUUGGGUUGGUAGGGGAACUUUUUGAAAGCUGUAGACAAUAUAGUGUUGCUAGAAAGAGCCUUGGACUGGCAGUGGUGGGCUUGACUUCGAUCCCAACCUUGCUCUCACCUCCUAACUUUAGACCAGUCACUGCCCUAUCAGGGCCUUAGUUUCCAAUCUGCAAAACAAGAGAGUGAGAUAAGGCCAUGUACUAGAUCUUUAAAUGGACCCACUCUUCCUUUCCAUUCAGACCUUCAGGCAGCUUUUGGGCCAUGGCGAGGGAAACACACACACACACACACACACACACACACACACACACAGAGAGAGAGAGAGAGAGAGAGAGAGAGAGAGAGAGAGAGAGAGAGAGAGAGAGGAGUUUUCCCUGGAGAAAGACCAUGUUGGCAUGCACCAGGAAGGAAGGACAAUGCCCCUGUCCAGUAAAAAGGUAGAUAAGAAAAUCCAUCAAAGAUAAGCCACCAGAACCACAAGCUUGUUCCAGGCACCAAGAAACCUUCUCUUGUUUAUUGCACCAUGGGAUGGGUUUGUGUCUCCAUGGUAACAGUCCAGGGGCUCCUAAUCCCACUAGGAAGCCAACCAAAGAACCAUCCCUCCCAAGACUUUGCAAGAGAUUCUUCCUAGCAGUUGAGUACCGUAUGAUUGGCACUAAGUUUGGCUUCCUAUCUAAGGAAAUGAGGGCAGGACCAGUGGGGGAUAGGUUCUCUUCCAGACAAAAUAGUAGAUUGUAGCUGAGGUCUGUAGAACUACUUUAAAAUAGGCAAGCCCACAGGAAUUGGUGAAGAAACCAGACUUAAAUAAUUUACAUGCUUUCCAUUGUUGGAUAAAGUGACUCCAUCCAUUUGUAUGGAUGGGCUAGAGUGCCUCUGUGUGCAUUGCACUCUGGGAUAGUGGAGUCUCUAUCCACGUGACCAUACCACAUUGUCAGGCAGAGAGAAAAUUUCACUGCAGCAGAACAGUUGGGCUGCAGUGUGUCUGGAGAUGGAAAGGAAUAAAAGGCUCUCGAACCUUUAAAGCAAGAGCUGUGGGGGGGCCUCCCCAAAUCUAGGAGCACCCUGUGAUAACCCUGGACUGGUGUCCAACUGUCUAGGCACCACCCCUGCCCCCUCACACUUCCCCAGAAGUGUGUCUGGAUCUCACCAAGGACACUAGCCUGGGACCCUAGACAGAAUCUAUGGACCCCAUAAAUCCCCUCUUUCUAAGGUAUUAACAUCUCAUGUGUGUCUCCAAAAAUAGUCCCUAAGACCCUUGAUAUGAAACCCUACAACGUUUCUUUGUUGGUGAGACAACUCUUGAUUAAACCAACCCACGGGUUAUGGGCUUUGAGCCAGUUGACAGCUCCAUGAAGAUUCUAAAGGACAUACAGUCUCUAUUGAGAGCUAGAGGCAGGGAUGCUUCCACAGAACACCAGCUGAGGGAAGGGACAAGAGACAGGCCCAAAAGGAUUUGGGUGCUCUGCUCCCUGCCCUCACACCCUGCCUUGCCUCUGGUUACGCUGCGGCAGCUUCCCAUGGGGCCCCUCGCUGUCUCAACGACCCUCUUGAGGAGUCAAGUCCCUACUUCACUGAAUGCUUCUGCUUCCAGUUCACCCUCUGGGGAGAAACAGCUCCUGACCUCAGAGGGGGCAGAAUGAAAUCUUGGGCACUGGCUUAAUAUCAGUGUCGCCAAGAGGGACAGGGAUUUAGAUUAUCUUGCCUGAGGUCCCAAGGAGAUAUGAGGAGAGACGUGUCAACUCCCUUGCUCCAUCAAAACCCCCACUACUUUCGCUACACAGCCAACAGCCCUAGCUUCUCCAGGAAGGCAAGGGUAGUGUCCCUUCUCUGGUCACCAUGAAAGGAAAAAUGGUCAGGCUGUGAGUCAGGACAUGUGGACUUGAAUCUCAGUCUCGAUGCUCUUUCAGAUAAUAAGAGACUUCCCUUCUCUCCGUAUUCUAGAGUUAACCUGCUUCUUUCUGCUAGCAUUCCCAGAUUCCCUAUGGGUAAACAUGGAUUUACUCUAUUUCUGCGUAACUUUGAACAUGUUGUGUGUGUACUCCAGGCCUCUCUCUUCCUCUAGCAAUGAGCAAACUGGACUAUCUAGCCCGCACCUGCCCAUGAGCUUGAUCCCAGAACUCAGGACCUGGAGACGACAAUGCCCAUGGCUGGGAGCAGUCCAGUUCUCACCCAGCAUGGAAUCAGUACUAUGAGAUGCCUAGGAAGAUAUGCCCAUGUAUCCGCUGCCAGAGCUCAGCGGUGUGUUUGAUGCAUAAUUGCUGAUCUCUGCAGCCCUGGACUCGCCCUUCUAGCACCAUAGUACCAAGGAACAGAUCCCUUGGUGUCCAGUAACCCAAGGACUUGGGGAGGGAGUGUCCGAACAAGAGGCAUUUGUCAAAACUACUCCAGUUGCAGCCUCAGCACCCCACUGCCUGGCUCACCAAGCAGAUGGCCAAUGGGUUGGACCUCAAGGAAAAGGUGAGAGCCCUAGGUAGUGAGCACAUGCAUGGACGCUGAAGCGGUACAAAGAUCAAGGAGUGCACGGUUGUUCCUGUGAUCUAUGUGAACUUGAAUUCAUCUCAUUUAGUUCGUUGAACCAGCUUUACUUCCAAGGUCAUGUCAAAGGGACACUGAUGUCCUCACUGUGUGAAGAAAUGUCCGCUGAGACUGUCCAGCCAGCCUCUAUACUGCCUUUAGUGGUAAAAACAUGGGCCAAGAAUUGAGGAGCCUGUGAGCUGGACCCAAAUCCAACUAUCACUGCGCUGUGUGACUUCUGGCACAUUGUUGUCUUCCUCCAAGGCCCUGUUUUAUUUAUUUAUUUAUUUAUUUAUUUAUUUAUUUAUUUAUUUAUUUAUUUAUUUAUUUAUUUAUUUAUUGUAGAAUGGUAGGAUUCGAUUAGAUGCAUACUUCCAAGCUUGUUGCCCACCUACAAGAAACUUCUGUGUGUCAAACACACUGGGGAAACCCCCAGAAAACAGAUUUAUGCAGGCAAGAAAGAUAAUCGGUAACGGCACCACCACUUACUGGCACUACUACUUUCCAAAGAGAUCACCAGCAUGCAGCUCUUUCAAAGGUACCCAGUUGAAAAAAUGCUGGUCUUUGGGCAUUUCCCUGGGUUGGUACUAACAUCCAAACAGCCUUUAUAGAGUGCUUGCUGUUUGUAAGGCAUGUGAAGUGGCCCUGUGAGCACACUGGCUGCCACCCCUGUCCUUUGGAGUUUGACAAGGAGUACUAGAAGAGCUCCCAUGACCCCUCUGGCACUCCUUGGUCCAUGGCUGGGUUUAUCUUGACUGACCGUACUCCAGACUCAUGGUCUUGCCGAGUGUGAGCAUAGCCUCAGCCUAGCACUGUCUGAGCACUGCCGAUGCUAAUCUGUAGAUCUCUGAGCACUCUGACAUUCUUGAUGGUGUGAGGACAGCUGGCCAUGGUAACAACCAGAGAGGAGCACCCGAUGCCCUUUGGGUCUACCUCCUGCCAUAGGCAGACCGUGUCUCUAAGGCUCCUCAGCUGAGGAGUCCAACUCUGGAGCCCAGGGAAGCUCAGCCUCACACUCAGUAACUUGGCUCACACUGAGUGUGUAAAUGUAAAUAGGUGGCCUUGGUUUCCAAUCUGUCCCCUGCUUGAGGCAAAAUGAGUGUCCGCGGUGACCUGAGCUGGCAUGGUUGUGGCUGAUGAGUGGAGCAGCCUCUCCCAAUACCAACUCCUGGUAAUUUUCAUUUGCCCUUUGGAUGAGUGAAAAAGCAAGCCCUCCACCCCAAUCCCUCUGCUUGCUGGUUCACUCAUCCAAUAAAGAUUUCUAGAAGUUUCCUCUAAAUCCUGCCUGCACCCCCCACUGACAUCUUUAUUUGAGGGCCAAAUGCCUCCACCCUCUCCCUCGGCAGGGACUCUUAAAGGAGAGAGCAUAGGAAAGGGUCUGUUCCACCUGACCACAGUGGCCUCCUCCCCAGAGACUGGAUACCCCAUCCCUCUGCCUGGCUGGAUGACACCCCAGCACUUGUCAUUUGGGGUUCUAAGUCCUGCCUCACUUCUGACACACUGUAACAUCUCAGAGUAACCCCAGGUAGAAGUGCAUUCUCCAUCCUCAGUGCCUCAGGUGGGAGAGGGAAGGUAUGAGGCAUGCAUCCAUUGCCUCAGCACUUGGAGAUGUUUUUUUUUUUUUUUUCCAUAGCAGAACUAAGGACAGCAGAGGAAACAAAGAGGCAGACCCCUCCAUUGUAACGUGGCUCUCUCUACAGGGCCACCAAAAUAACAUGUGUGGCAUUGUGCAGCUGAGUAACCUGAUCCACAGAGGUCUGUCCCCAGGCCGUGGACUUGGUAACCUUGCCCAGCCAAUACUAUAGUUCCCUACUAGGGAAGUGCCCUGACCCCUGUGUCCAUCUCUGCCCUGACCUGGUGACUCUAACCUCACACCAGCACCGCCCUCCCCAGGUGACCUAACAAUGCCCGUGUGAGAUGUCUCCUGUUGACGCUGCAGUUCUCCCAGACUUCUUGGUCCAGCUGUCCUGCCUGGGCUUGCAGCUGCUUCUAAGGCAAAGUGCUGGUCUCCAUGCAUUCAUGUGGUAAUGUGGUAUAAUUCCAACUAUUUGCUCAGGUGGCUUUGGCUCAAGCGGCAUGGCUGGUGCUUGUCCCUGUCAGAGCCUCAAGUGCCUAUCACACGCUGCCCUGUGUUUUUCUCUGCUCAACCCAAUGACCCCACAGUGCCUGGGACACUUCCCGCUUCUUGGAAAAUACAUUAGCAUCUUGCCUAGUGUGGCCCAGUUACACUGAUGUUUGCUGAGGUCCUAGAUGCCAGCUGUCGAAUUCUACCAACACUUAGCCAUGCCUGCCCUGGGAUUGUGUGUGUGUAUCUAUUUUCAAAGGAAUGGCUGCUUUGCCAUGAUGUCUCCUGUCCUCCUCCAGGCUUUUGGCUCAUAAAGAGUGUCCAUGUGACAAGA